GCAGUGCCUGGAGGCUGACGUCCAAUGCCCGCCCGCCCCCAGCGACAACCACCACUGCACGUACCACGUCCCUCCCUCCCUGUACUACCAACUCGACUACGCAAAGGCUGCUGUGAUCUCGAGGCGAUAUACUACCUGGCCAACGGCAGAAAGAGAAGAAUAUAUCGCGGGAGGACAUUGACAGCUUUGAAAUCCCUCCAACUCCCCUCUUGUCCAUUCCACUCGGUUGCUGCUACUUGCUCCAGCCGAGCAGGCAGCACCAACGUUCCGCCCGCCGCCAUGCUUCUUCUCGACUACCAGAAUGUGCUGAUCCAGUCGAUUCUCACAGAGCGGUUCUCCGGCGCGACUCCGCAAUCGAUCGAUCAGGUGGUAUCGGACUUUGACGGGGUGCAAUUCCACAUCUCGACGCCUAGUUCCAAGACCCAGAUCCUGAUCUCCCUAUCGAUCAAAUGCUUCCGCGAACUCGUCCAGUAUGGCGCUGAGGAGGUGUUGCAAAGAGAAUAUGGGAACUACAUCACAGCCACGGAGGCAGGCUACGACUUCAGCAUCCUGGUGGACCUGGAAAACCUGCCGUCUACGCCGGAAGAGCGGGAGGAGCUGGUGCGACGAAUCAGUCUGCUGAAGCGCAAUGUGAUGGCCGCGCCGUUCGAAAAGGCCUACGAACAAUUCUCCCAGUUGUCCCAGGAAGCCUCGAAGUAUACGUCCGAGUCGGCGCCGCAGGGAGCCGAUGAAGGAGGCGAGGUCAUGGCCAUCCAUUACCGCGAGGAAGAAGCCAUCUACAUCAAAGCCAGCUCGGACCGCGUCACGGUCAUCUUCUCCACCAUGUUCACCGAUGCCGUCGAUCGCAUCUUUGCAAAGGUCUUUCUGCAGGAAUUCGUCGACGCCAGGCGUCGCGCCAUCCAGAAUGCUCCGCAGGUCUUGUUCAGGAGUGAUCCUCCUCUCGAGCUGCAGGGCUUAAAGGGCGUUGGGAAGACGGGCGAAAAGGGCGAGAUGGGCUUCAUCACUUUUGUUUUGUUUCCGCGACAUUUGACCCAGCAACGGCGCGACGAGGUGAUUUCUCAUAUUCAGACGUUUCGUGACUAUUUCCACUAUCACAUCAAAGCCUCCAAGGCAUAUAUCCACUCGCGUAUGCGGCGCAGGACAGCAGAUUUCUUGCAAGUGUUGAACCGUGCAAGACCCGAGACUGAAGAGCGGGAAAGGAAGACGGCAAGUGGGAGGACGUUCAGAGUUCAAGGCUGAGCAAGCACAACAACUCCUGUGGGCGUUUUGACACGUGGAAAUCGGGUUGCCAUUACGGCUCCGACAGCUGGGUAGCGGACCAGUAUAUUCAGAGUCGGAAAAAGGCCCUUUGGACCUGGGAUUCCUCCACCUUGGUCCGUUUUUAGACAGCUGUGCUUAACCCUCGCUCCAAUAUCUUAUUCCAUAAAAUAGCAAGUUCAGACUGUUGUCAUGACACUAGCAUUUUCGUACCAACUCAACAUAGGAUUUUCGCCACUGCGGACUUGGGUGUCUUCGACAAAAGCCCAGCUCUCGAGGAAAUCUCUGUGCGAAGAUACCCUGGUCAGUCGCCCGGUGAUGGCACGAUAAAUGUCUUCCAUCAUGGCGAAAUCGGUAGGGAAGAAAAUGUCAAAGUAUCCCUGGUGCACAAAGGGAGUUGUGACCUGUACAUUGCGCCGC